CCGAGGGAGGCGUGUCGAGCCCCGGCCCGGAGGGAACCGGGCGCGCCUGGAAGCCUCGCGGGACCCAGCGACGACGAAGACGAGGAGGAGGAAGAGGAGUUGCGGGUGGGCGCGCGCGCCGCGGGCUGCGGGCCGCGGGUUUCGGGACUGAGUGCAGCCGCGUCCAGCGCUCCGGAGCGCAGGGCCCAGCCGGGCCGUCCCCCAGCGAGGACCCCGCGCCGCCGCGGUUCGGCCGAUUGGCCCCCGGGCGGAAGGCGCAGGGCGGCGGCGGCAGUGCUGGGCCGGGAGGAGGCCGGCGAGGGUGCGGAGCGGCGGCCCCGGCCCGGGUGGCGGGGGGAGAUGGCGUCCUACGUGGAUAACAGCUUCCGCCAAGCCGUGAUGAAGAACCCCGCCGAGAGGACCCCGCAGGAUCUGGAGAUCGUGUAUUCCUACCUGCACGGGAUGGAAGCCUUAUCCAACCUGAGGGAGCACCAGCUGAGGUUAAUGUGUGAAACUGUGAGAUACGAAAGACACGAAGCAAAUGAGGUUUUGUACUACCCUGAUGAUGUUGGGACGUGCUGGUAUAUCCUGCUUUCCGGCUCCGUGUUCAUUAAGGAAUCCAUGUUCCUGCCUAGAAGCAGCUUUGGCAAGCGUUCUGCGGGGAGCUUUAGGCGUGGCUGCGAGUGCAUUGUUCUAGAGCCUUCUGAGAUGAUUGUGGUGGACUAUAUGGAUGAAAAUGAAGAGUAUUUUCAACGCCAAGCUUCCCACAGACAAUCUCGAAGGCGAUUUAGAAAAAUCAACCAGAAAGGCGAAAGGCAAACGAUUAUCGACACAGUGGAUCCUUAUCCUGUGGGCAAACCCCCUUUGCCAAGAGGCUACCAUACGGAAUGCACUAAAUCUCAGCUUCCCACAGACUUCACCAAGCUGCACCUCACUGACAGUCUUCACCCACAGGUGACCCACGUGUCUUCCAGCCACUCAGGAUGCAGCAUCACCAGCGACUCUGGAAGCAGCAGCCUUUCUGAUAUCUACCAGGCCACAGAGAGUGAGGCUGGUGAUAUGGACCUGAGUGGGCUGCCAGAAACGGCCGUGGAUUCUGAGGAUGACGAUGAUGAGGAAGACAUCGAGAGGGCCUCAGAUCCCCUGAUGAGCCGGGACAUUGUGCGGGACUGCCUGGAGAAGGACCCGAUCGACAGGACAGAUGAUGACAUCGAACAACUCUUGGAGUUCAUGCACCAGUUGCCUGCUUUUGCCAACAUGACCAUGUCGGUGAGGCGAGAGCUCUGUGCUGUGAUGGUAUUCGCCGUGGUGGAAAGAGCAGGGACGAUAGUAUUAAAUGACGGCGAAGAGCUGGACUCCUGGUCAGUGAUCCUCAAUGGUUCUGUGGAAGUGACUUAUCCGGAUGGAAAAGCAGAAAUACUAUGUAUGGGCAAUAGUUUUGGUGUUUCUCCAACAAUGGACAAAGAAUACAUGAAGGGAGUCAUGAGGACGAAGGUGGACGACUGCCAGUUUGUCUGCAUAGCCCAACAAGAUUAUUGCCGUAUUCUCAACCAAGUAGAAAAGAACAUGCAGAAGGUUGAAGAGGAAGGGGAGAUUGUUAUGGUGAAGGAGCACCGGGAACUUGAUCGAACCGGAACAAGAAAGGGGCACAUUGUCAUCAAAGGCACCUCGGAACGGUUAACCAUGCACCUGGUGGAGGAGCACUCCGUCGUAGAUCCAACAUUCAUCGAAGACUUCCUGUUGACAUACAGGACUUUCCUUUCUAGCCCAAUGGAAGUGGGCAGAAAGUUAUUGGAGUGGUUUAAUGACCCGAGCCUCAGGGAUAAGGUCACACGGGUAGUGUUAUUGUGGGUAAAUAACCACUUCAAUGACUUUGAGGGAGAUCCUGCAAUGACUCGAUUUCUGGAAGAAUUUGAAAACAACCUGGAAAGAGAGAAAAUGGGUGGCCAUCUGAGGCUGCUUAACAUCGCCUGUGCUGCCAAAGCCAAGAGAAGGUUGAUGACCUUGACGAAGCCCUCCCGCGAAGCCCCGUUACCUUUCAUCCUGCUCGGGGGCUCCGAGAGGGGGUUCGGAAUCUUCGUGGACAGCGUCGAUUCCGGGAGCAAGGCAACCGAAGCAGGCUUGAAGCGUGGGGACCAGAUAUUAGAAGUAAAUGGCCAAAACUUUGAAAAUAUUCAGCUAUCAAAAGCCAUGGAAAUUCUUAGAAACAACACGCAUUUGUCUAUCACUGUGAAAACUAAUUUAUUUGUAUUUAAAGAGCUUCUAACAAGACUAUUAGAGGAGAAAAGAAAUGGUGCCCCUCAUCUUCCUAAAAUUGGAGACAUCAAGAAGGCCAGUCGCUACUCCAUUCCCGACCUUGCUGUGGAUGUGGAACAGGUGAUAGGGCUGGAAAAGGUCAAUAAGAAAAGUAAAGCCAACACUGUUGGAGGGAGGAACAAGCUCAAGAAGAUACUCGACAAGACCCGCAUCAGCAUCUUGCCACAGAAACCAUACAAUGACAUCGGGAUUGGUCAGUCCCAAGAUGAUAGCAUAGUCGGAUUAAGGCAGACCAAGCACAUCCCGACGGCAUUACCUGUCAGUGGAACCUUAUCCUCCAGUAACCCCGACUUGCUACAGUCCCACCAUCGCAUUUUAGACUUCAGCGCAACUCCGGACUUGCCUGAUGAGGUGCUCAGAGUGUUUAAGGCCGAUCAGCAGAGCCGUUACAUCAUGAUCAGCAAGGACACCACAGCGAAGGAGGUGGUGACCCAGGCCAUCAGGGAGUUCGCGGUCACGGCCACCCCGGAUCAGUACUCGCUGUGUGAGGUGUCCGUCACACCCGAGGGAGUCAUCAAGCAGAGACGACUUCCAGAUCAGCUGUCCAAGCUUGCUGACCGGAUACAACUGAGUGGAAGGUACUACCUGAAAAACAACAUGGAGACAGAAACGCUCUGUUCGGAUGAGGAUGCUCAGGAGCUGCUGAGAGAGAGUCAGAUUUCCCUGCUGCAGCUCAGCACGGUCGAAGUGGCCACGCAGCUGUCCAUGCGCAACUUUGAACUCUUCCGCAACAUUGAGCCCACUGAAUACAUAGAUGACUUAUUUAAACUCAAGUCGAAAACCAGCUGUGCCAACCUGAAAAAAUUUGAAGAGGUCAUUAACCAGGAAACAUUCUGGGUGGCAUCUGAAAUUCUGCGGGAGACAAACCAGCUGAAGAGGAUGAAGAUCAUUAAGCAUUUCAUCAAAAUAGCUCUGCACUGCAGGGAAUGCAAGAACUUUAACUCCAUGUUUGCAAUCAUCAGUGGCCUAAACCUGGCGCCCGUGGCAAGACUACGGACCACUUGGGAAAAACUUCCCAAUAAAUACGAGAAACUAUUCCAAGAUCUCCAAGACCUCUUUGAUCCCUCCAGAAACAUGGCAAAAUACCGUAAUGUGCUCAACAGUCAAAACCUGCAGCCUCCCGUCAUCCCCCUGUUCCCCGUCAUCAAGAAGGACCUCACGUUCCUCCACGAAGGAAACGACUCCAGAGUCGAUGGGCUGGUGAAUUUCGAGAAGCUAAGGAUGAUCGCAAAAGAAAUCCGUCACGUGGGGCGGAUGGCUUCCGUAAACAUGGACCCUGCCCUCAUGUUCCGGACUCGGAAGAAGAAGUGGCGGAGUUUGGGGUCUCUCAGCCAAGGUAGCACAAACGCAACGGUGCUAGACGUUGCUCAGACAGGCGGUCACAAAAAGCGGGUCCGCCGCAGCUCCUUUCUCAAUGCCAAAAAGCUUUACGAAGAUGCCCAGAUGGCUCGGAAAGUGAAGCAGUACCUGUCCAAUCUGGAGCUGGAAAUGGAUGAGGAGAGUCUUCAGACAUUGUCGCUGCAGUGCGAGCCAGCAACCAACACACUGCCUAAGAAUCCUGGUGACAAAAAGCCUGCCAAGUCUGAGACCUCCCCGGUGGCUCCAAGGGCAGGAUCCCAACAGAAGGCGCAGCCGCAGCCGCCUCCGUCACAGCCGCCCUCGCACAAGGGCAGCCAAGGGCUUCAGGUGCCAACUGUGUCGCUGUACCCUUCACGGAAGAAGGUGCCAGUGAAAGAUCUCCCGCCCUUCGGCAUAAACUCUCCACAAGCUUUAAAGAAAAUCCUUUCUUUGUCCGAAGAAGGAAGUUUAGAACGUCACAAGAGGCAAGCUGACGACGCGCUCUCUUCUCCGCCAGCUUCUCCCCAGAGCUCUCCAAGAAAAGGUGGCAGUGGCAAUCAGCUGAGAUCUUUUGGUUCCGAGCCGUCGGACUUAACCAGUUCCUCCUCUUCUCUUGGAAGUGAGAACAGUAACAAGAAUAACAAUGCAGCGCGGACCCGUGGGAUAGGCUAUACCUUGGCUCCCAGUGGAACUGUGGAUAACUUCUCAGAUUCAGGGCACAGUGAAAUCUCCUCCCGCUCCAGUAUCGUCAGCAACUCUUCUCUGGACUCAGUUCCAGUGUCGCUGCAUGAGGAGAGGCGCCAGAGGCACUCUGUCAGCAUCGUGGAGACAAAUCUGGGUGUGGGCAGGAUGGAGCGGCGCGCCUUGAUAGAACCUGAUCAGUUCAGCCUAGGGUCCUACGCAGCGAUGUCCGACAGCCGAGGCCUGUAUGCCACAGCCACAGUGAUCUCUUCUCCGAGCACAGAAGAACUCUCCCAGGAUCAAGGGGACCGCGCCUCCCUCGACGCCGCCGACAGCGGCCGUGGGAGCUGGACGUCAUGCUCUAGUGGGUCCCACGACAACAUUCAGACCAUCCAGCACCAGAGGAGCUGGGAGACGCUUCCGUUCGGCCACACUCACUUCGAUUAUUCAGGGGACCCUGCGGGCCUGUGGGCCUCGAGCAGCCAUACGGACCAGAUGAUGUUUCCUGAUCACAGCACGAAGUACAACAGGCAAAAUCAAAGCCGAGAGAGUCUGGAACAAGCCCAGUCCCGGGCCAGCUGGGCGUCGUCCACAGGCUACUGGGGCGAGGACUCGGAAGGCGACACGGGCACGAUCAAGCGGAGGGGCGGCAAGGACGUUUCCAUCGAGGCCGAGAGCAGCAGCCUAGCCCCGGUGACCACCGAGGAAACCAAACCCGUGCCCGUGCCUGCCCACAUAGCUGUGACGCCAAGCACUGCCAAGGGGCUCGUGGCACGCAAGGAGGGCAGAUACCGAGAGCCGCCUCCCACCCCUCCGGGCUACAUCGGGAUCCCCAUCACGGACUUUCCCGAAGGACACUCCCAUCCAGCCCGGAAACCUCCAGACUACACCGUGGCCCUCCAGAGAUCCCGGAUGCUGGCCAGGUCCUCCGAUGCCGCCGGGCCUUCCCCAGCUCAGCAGCCGCCUGGGCACGCGGCCGGCAGCAGACCCCUGAGCAAGCCUCAGUGGCACAAGCCCAGCGAGUCCGACCCGCGCCUCGCCCCCUACCAGUGCCCAGGGUUUUCCGCCGAGGAGGACGAGGACGAGCAAGUCUCCGCUGUGUGAGGCGCAGCCUUCCGGGGUCCAGAGCGAGUGGGCCACCGCACGGAGCGCACAGGAUGCCAGCCCUCGCGUCGGAGCCUUGGAGCGUGCAUUUGGAGGAUGCUGGACCAGUCUGCCUCCUUCCCUGCCUUAAAAGCAGCAUGGGGCUUCUUCUCCCCUCCUUCCUUUCCCCUUUGCAUGUGAAAUACUGUGAAGAAAUUGCCCGGGCACUUUUCAGACUUUGUUGCUUGAAAUGCACAGCGCAGCAAUCUCUGAGCGCCUGCCGCGUCCCACAGUGUCAUUCCAAAUUCCAAGAUCAUCCCAACACGAUGAUUCACUCUGGCUGCACUUGUCAAGGCCUGGAAGGAGUUUUUUUCUAACCUUCCUUUUUGAUUUCAAUCAAGUCCCAGCACUUGAUCUCAUUGGGCUAAUAAGAAAAGCUUACCAUUGAUCAACUUGGGGCCCUGAACCCACCACGGAAGACAAAGAAAAGCAAAGAAUCCUCUGCGUACAGUGCUUGUCCACUUGUUUACAACUCACUUUAUUAUUAUUUUUUUAAUUUCUAAGGAGUUUCAAAAUUGUGUUCAGAGUAAAUGAUAUAUCCUUUUAUUGAUUGCAGUAUUAUUUUGGACAGUAAGCAGGGUUGCCAGCCUGGGCUUUUGCAAAACCAAAUAUGCCAGACAGGGUGUGGCCACAUCAAGGGGAGGGGACCGAGGGCCCAUGGCCCUGCCUCCCUGUGCCCUUGUGGCCUCGCCUGCCAAGUGCCCUAUCCCGGAAGGAUAGCAUGGUGGCCAAUUCCUCCGAUGCCACGCCCACCCUGCCGCGCUCCUUCCCCGGCGGGCUGGGGCGGGAAGAGGGCUUCCUCCUUAAAACUGUUUGCACAUGGCCGGGGAGGGAACGAGGGCUCCUGUGUCCUGUUGAGCCUUUCAGAGGCAGGACAGUGUCAUCGGAGGGAGUGUGCUGCUCCACUGAGAUGAAUGGCAAACCCCAUAUUUAAGUUAUGUUUCUUUGAUUUUUUUGUUGUUAAUUUUAGGGG